AUGGCGGCUUCGCGUCCCCCUACAGACCGUGGGCUGUACGCCCUGGAGGACACGGAACAGGCUAUCCAGAAGCUGCACGGCCAAUACCAGCGUGUCCUGGCUCCAUUGUCCCUCUUCCCUGCUACCCAUCAGCGGCUGAGGGUCCCAGUUCUGAAAGAGACUUCCUCGUGUACUCCUUCUGCACAGAAGACCGUUGUGCCCCUCUCUCUGGCAGCCCUCACGCAGCUGGUUAAAGGGCGUAUGGAGUUGGGGCCACACUGGGAGAACGUCUGCACCCGAGCACAGAGAGUCUUCCAGGAGAUCAUACUGGCUGAAGUGAAGCGCAUCUGGAAGGAUGUCCAGCAUUCAUUGUACGACCCAGCCUUCAGUCCGCAGAUGAACCGGGAGAUCUACCAGAACCUAGUGACCUACAUUGGCUUGGUAUGCCAUCAUCUCUUCCUUCACUAUCUGUGGCUCAUGGAAAAUGGCCAAACCCUGGGUGUCUUCACUGACUGUGCCAACCUCACCCGCUUUUCUGCCCAACUCUCCUUGGACUGCUCCACCUUCCUCAAAGUGUCUGCGGUCCGGCAUCGCUUGGUGAUGGAAAUGAAGACCCCGCAAAAUCGCCAGCAGGAGCAGCCCAAGAGGAGCGCGUUCAGAUGCACCUCACUUCACCCCUUGGGGUGCCGCUUGGGCUUCACUAUUAGCUACUUCAUCAAGCUCAUUAGACCUCAUGUGCCAUCCCUGAGACAGAAGAUAGCAAAAGAUAUAAAGGAAUUGGAGGAUUUACCUUCAUUGGAUUUAAGAAAAUUAAAGCAUUUACUGCCAGUGGCAAGGCUUGCCAUUCCCAUGGGACAAAUGACAUGUGCCGCAGUUACAACACCUUGUCCACCUAUCCCUGGCCCAGGAGCUAAGGCAAAGCGAGCACGUGCUCGUCAGCCUGCUUCCCUUAUCAAGAGGAGCAAGUCACUGCCCAACAUGCGAGUCGGGCAGCUCCUAGCAGAUGAACUUGGAAUCCGUUUAUUUAUUCGUCCCCUCACCCCUGAUCUGCCUAUGCACUAUGCAGAGCCAACAGAAGAAGACAGCGAACUUAAGGUGUCGACAAACCUAGCUGAGGACCUCCGGAGAUUGGUGCAAGGUUCCAUCCUGAAAAGCAGCCAACAGAGAACUGAAAUGGAUGAGGAUUCAGAGCUUCCUCCCCUCAUUAAAGCCUUGACGUUGCGCAAGUCUAAUGAAGUCCGCUGCGAGCAGCUCCAGAGGAUACUUUGUUCCCUGCAGCAGGAACAAAUUAGCGAGAAGCAGCAGAGAGAGACUAUAAUUUCUGCUCCAGCCAGUCAUCCUCAAGCUGCUACAGUGGAUCUCGCAGUUCACAACAAGAUGGUGGUAAAGGCAGCAGAUUUACAAGUAUCUGAAAGAACUUAUCUUGAAACUGUGGCCAUGGACAAGCACAUAGCAAUGUACAAUCACCUUCUGGGGGAGAUAGACAUUGCUGCCAUCAAAGCUUUAGAUGCAAAUCUUUAUGCUGGGGAAGAUGUCAAGAAGAUAUACAUGGAACUGAUGGAUACCAUCCCCAAAGACCACCAGAAGUUUGAUGUAGGGCCCUUGAUAGAACCCUCUGCAGCUGCCGUAGAACUAUCUACCUGCUUUGCUUCUUCCACCCUGACUGGGAAAAGAAGUGAGCAGGUCAUCAAUGAAGAGCUGAGUAAAAUCCUGCCGGCUGGACCAUUCAUCCUUGAGGAAGUAAUAGACACAAUCGCAUCCCCAAACGUACCUUUCAAAAAGACCUUUUCCAAAAAACAGCGCGUAUCUUGGCUCCAAUGGUGGAAGGCAACCUUCAACACUGAUGAUUACCUGAAAUAUAUCAGUACAAAGGACUCGGACUAUUUACAAGUGAUAUUUCAUUUGUAUAACGACGACAGAGAAGAGGAGGAGGAGGAAGAGGGGCAACCCAUAUUAGAUGAGCGUGAAAAAAAAAUACAGGAGGAGGUAAAAAGAGAAGAGAGAAAGAAAGCUGAGAAGCUGCAGUCUGAGAAGGAAGAAUACCAGUCUGGUGAAUGGAACUUUAACACCAUCUUGAUGGGGGGUUUAGGAACUUUCAUUGGCUAUGAUCACAAGCCCGAGGAUCUCAAGGCCUUACAGAGGCGGCUAGAAAGGCUGUGGACAGUUCUACAUUUCACUGAACGGGGGAGGCUCGAUAUGGCAAUUAAAUACAGUUCCAAAAGAUAUUACUUGCUGCUUCCAGACAUGCUCAAGUCUUGGGAGAUGGCAGCACAGUGUAUCCAGGACCGGGAGAUCUUGCUGACUGAACUGGAAAGCUUUGAGCAAACUGCCUCAGAUCCAAACCGCUUCUUCAACAGGGGUACCAGAUCCUCUGCGUUGCGAAUGAAAGAAUCCAGAACCAGGAGCCGCCUAUACUCUGAGCUGUCCAAGUAUGAGUCUAAGCUCUAUGUCAUCUUGAAUCACAUCAAAGAGACAUUCAACGACACUGUGACCUUCAAGGGACGCCCAUACUUGGAGAAGAUGGAGUGGGACACAGUAGAGAUGCUGUACUGGCUGCAACAGGAGCGGCGUGCUGGCAGCCUGAAGAAAGCAGUUCAGAGAGGUAGGCUGCAGUGGAAGCUCCCGCCUCUUACUUAGACUGCCAUCAUUGCCCAGUUUGUUGUCCCUCAGUGGUCCA